GUUGUGAUUAUCAUCUCACCCAUUAUUUUAGCGAUCCAGUCGAGGACGCAUAAAAGUCGCAUCCAGGCGACUACGCUGCCGGCUUGUCGGUGUUUUCAUUCUAUCAUCAUGAACUCCCGGGAUCUGCAGACCGCUUCGAACUACGUAAACAACAUUCUGCUCGCGCGCGGCCUUUUGAAGAAUGGCAAGCCAAUCGAUUUUGCGCAGCCGGACGAUGGCGAGGGAAGUGAUGCCACGAUGGCGAAGAUUAUCAAUCUAGUCAAUGACCUUGUCCUCAGAAGAGAUAGAGAAGCGGAGCACCGAGAGAACCUAGCUAGCACGAUACAGAACUUGCGCACCACGGAAUCGCAGCAAACGGUGGAGAUUGAGAGAUUGAAAUCGAAGAAUGCGGAAUUAGCUCGAUCGGUUGCAGUGGCUGAAGGGCAACAGCGCGCAUUGAAGACGACUAUGUCUAGCACCGAAGCAACUGUGCGAAAAUUGAAAGAGCAGCUACAGAGAAUGAAAACAACAGUCCAGCAGGUCCGAGCCCAGUGCGCGAACGAUAUUCGAAAACGAGAUACCGAGCUACAAAAACUCAAGUCCCAUUUGAAUGAGCGGCAACGAGGGAAGCGGGAAGGGUUGGGGGUUACGACAAUUAAUAUAAACCGGACGACGGAGCGGGCACCCAAAUUCGAACCUGAUAUCAACAAUCCUGGGUACAGCUUGAAACAGGAGACUACAGAGUUUCUAACCCAGCUUUGCCAGAAUCUAAGCGACGAGAAUGACACACUAAUAAAUUUAUCACGAACCACCAUCCAGACUUUGAAAGAGCUGCAAGGUCUCCCAGAAUCGGCCUCGACGGACGGCGACGCAUCCGACAUGGGGGGUUCUUGGUCGUACAACCAGGGAGGAGCGGUCAACUCAAACCCAACAAAUGUGAUGGAUCUCUCUGCGGAGAUGGACACGGUACUUGUUCAUCUGGGCAACUUACUAACAAAUCCAUCAUUUGUGCCUCUGGAGGAGGUUGAAAUGCGUGAUGAAGAAAUUACGCGGCUCAGGGAGGGCUGGGAGCGGAUGCAAUUGCGCUGGAAGCAGGCAGUGGCUAUGAUGGAUGGCUGGCACAAGCGAAUCUCAGAUGGAGGAGAUUCCAUUGAUCUCGAUGAACUCCGAAAAGGCAUGAGCCUGGACUCAGGCCUAGGCCGUUCAUUAGCGCUAUCGUCGGCUAAUGGGAACGACUCAUAUACUCACGAUAAUGAGAACGGCCUUAAGGAAAUGGAAGAUGAGAUCGAGGAAGAAGAGCAAUUCCGUGAACCGCAAGCUAAGAUACUAAAACCGACGCUGGCUCGGCCGCCAAUCCGGGCUCUAGGCGAAAGAAAUGGGAAUUUGAAAUCAAAAGCAUCUGCUAGAAAGGUAUCAUUUUACGAUGGGGCAAUGGAUACAGCGUCAGAUAGCGAAAGUGAUGGCGAAGAACCUGUAAUGGUCAAGGCUCAUACAUCUGAGAAAGUCACACGGAGAUCUUCACGGAGAAUAUCAUCGCAGGUUCCGAGACCGACAAACCAAAAAUCUCAGCUAUCCGUAAAAGACAAACUAGCAGCCGUUGAAGCCGAAGCACAGGCUGCUACCGAGGAAACAGCCACUCAAGACACAAAGAAGAGAAGUCGAUCGAAACGCGAGCUUGCUCCUGGAAAAAGCAAGGGUCGGCGACGAAGUACUCUGACGAACGAAGAAUUGGAGCAGUUGAUUGGGGCUACAGAAUGAUUGUAACAUAUGGAAUGGAUUGCAUUUAUCGGAUAUUUUGGCAUUGGGAUGGUAUUGUUUGCAUUAUUUAGGUAUUUUUUUGCAUAAUCCAAAUUCGAUGAUACCCUAUCACUUCAAGUAUACUACACUACUAGAGUACACAGGUUAGUCAAGUGACCUGGAUAACGGAUCUUAAGAGUCAUUGCAUUAAGUAGAG